AUGGUUUCUCCUGAGUUUAACCUGACAUCGGCCAAGGCCACCGAAUACGAGCAUGAAUACGCUGCACAUAACUACCACCCACUUCCUGUGGUGUUCUCCAAGGCCAAGGGAGCCAAGGUUUGGGAUCCUGAAGGAAAAGAGUACCUCGACUUUUUGAGUGCCUACUCUGCCGUCAAUCAAGGCCACUGCCAUCCAAGAAUCAUUAAUGCUCUUGUCGAACAGGCCCAGAAGUUGACACUAUCUUCCAGAGCGUUCUCCUCGGACAUCUUUGGUUCCUACGCUAAAUACGUGACCGAGUUCUUUGGCUACGAGUCUGUUCUGCCAAUGAACACGGGUGCCGAGGCUGUCGAGACCGCCUUGAAGCUCGCCAGAAGAUGGGGUUACAAGAAGAAGGGUAUUGCUCCAAACGAGGCCAUUGUGUUGUCCUGUGCAGACAACUUCCACGGCAGAUCGCUCGCCAUUGUCAGUAUGUCGACUGACCCAGAGGCAAGAGACGAUUUCGGUCCAUACUUGGAGAAAGUUGGUCCUGUGAUUCCAGGAACUGACGGCAAGAUCCUGCGUUACGGCAAGAUCGAGGACGUCGAGCUUGCCUUUGCCAACGCUGGCGACAAGAUCGCGGCCAUUCUGAUCGAGCCAAUCCAGGGAGAGGCCGGUAUUGUUGUUCCUCCAAAGGACUACUUUGCCAAGGUCAAGGCUUUGUGCAAAAAAUACAACGUUUUAUUGAUCGCCGACGAGAUUCAAACCGGUAUUGCCAGAACCGGAAAGCUGCUCUGCUGGGAGCACUACCUGCCUCGUGAAGACAAGCCCGACAUGGUUCUGCUCGGUAAGGCCAUCUCUGGCGGCGUUUUGCCCGUUUCUGCUGUUCUUUCUUCCAAGGAAGUUAUGUACACGUUGGAGCCAGGCUCGCACGGAUCCACCUAUGGAGGUAACCCUCUUGCGUCGCGCGUGGCUAUCGAGGCUCUGGAGGUUGUGAAGGACGAGAAGCUUGUGGAAAGAUCCGUCGAGCUUGGAGAGUUCUUGCAAACCGAGCUGAAAAAGCUCCAGGACGAGUCCCACGGAGUCAUCAAGGAGGUCAGAGGUAAAGGUCUUCUGUGUGCCAUUGUGGUGGACGACACCAAGACCAACGGCAAAACUGCAUGGGACUUGUGUCUUAAGAUGAAGGAUCACGGUGUUCUUGCCAAGCCAACUCAUGAGCACAUCAUCAGACUCGCCCCACCAUUGGUCAUCUCCAAGGAGGACCUGCUCAAGGGAGUUGAUAGCAUCAGAAAGGCAUUAAAGGAGAUCAUCAAUUAG